AUGACCAGGCCAUGGCGCUUAGGACGCUUAGGAGCCUUUGCUGCUUUGGUCGUGGUGGCUGUAGCGCAGGAAACGCAGGAAAGGUCUCCUCCGGAUUUGGAGGGCCUCUUUGAAUUUGUUUCUCGUCCGCUGGUGGCGCACUGGCUGUCUGAUACGGCGGUGCCACAACUUGCCAAGAAGGACUUCCCAUGCAUGAAGCUUAUGAUCUUGCUCGAUUGGGUUGCGCAGAAGUACCACAGUUCUUUUGCGCAAAGCAAGGCAGAGCUGAACUUGUGGAAGGACACCGAGUCUGGCAACAUCGAUGGACAGCUGGAUCAAGAUGUUCAGACAUCCGACAGUGCGUGGAAGACAGUUCGAAGCUUCACAUAUCAAGAGCACUUGGAAUGCUUAGCUCCACCGCUGGGUGACUGCCAAACAGUUCCCAGCAAUUGGCCUCAAGGGCUGGGUCUGGAAGUCUCAAAGCAGCCACGCGUGCCCUGGCUCCCACCAGGUUGGGGGCAAGCCUGCAGAAGCGGCUGGAGACCCACUAUCUAUAUAUCUCCAGAGGAGAUGGGAUCCAGAGCCCUUUACAACAGAGCCAGUGUGGAGCGUGCACUGGGGAAAAGGUUGAAACCUGUAGAUCAACACGGUGUGGUCCUCGGCGAUGCGUUCAUCAAACUCUGGCCGAAGUGGCUCGCGAAAGAUUGGCGCAUCGCCUACAAGAAAUCCGCGAACGGCUCGGUGAGACCUUUCUUCUUGGGGCCUGAUGACACAGUGUACAAAGAUAAGAAAUCUGUGCUGGCAUGCACCAAGAAGAUCGUCAAGCAGAGAAGAGCUCGCCUGGGGACGCGGAAAUCAAGGCCCGAUGUGGAAUUCCGCAAUGAUGUCGAGUGCUUUCGAACUUUCACCAGAAAGCAACUCGAAGAAUGCUUCGCACCACCCUUGGGUGGAAGUCGCAAACCACCGAGACAUUGGCCAAAGGGUUUGUUGGUCACGAAUCUGCCACGUACCAGUUGGUUGCCAAAAGGCUGGACGCAAGGUUACAGACCUUACAAAGAGAAGGGGAGGCGUUUCCGCAAAUUGUAUGUGGCGCCACCAGAGAAGGGAUCCAAAGUGGUUUUCCACCGACGCGAUGUGGAAAAGGUGGAGGGGAGAAGUCUCUGCUCUGUGGAUCAACAUGGUCAGCCAUUGGGAAUACCAAAUACCUUUACCACUGACUGGCCGAAGUGGUUGCCAAGUCGUUGGCGGAUUGGCUAUUUUAGAACAGGAGAGACAGUUAAGGUUUGCUUUCUCAAUGCAAAUGGUGCGAAAUUUCCAGACCGCCGGGCUGUUCUUGAUUCGUUGAAUCCAGCCCGCAUCAAGCAAAGAGAGAAACAGGUGAAAGCAGCCGAAAAGAAAGAGACAGAAAAUAAACCCAUCAAGACACUGGGUCUGUUCGCAAUGCGCAUGGCUCAACGACGUCGACUCGUUUCUUCGGUGAAGGUUGAGGGUGACGAGAGUGAUGAUGAACUGCCUGAAUCCACCGAUAUUUUCCUAUCUUUUACACAUGAAGAACUCACAGAGUGUUUCGCUCCGCCGCUGGGCGACAGCACAACACCUCCAGCCCAUUGGCCUGAAGGUGUGGAAGUGUGCACGUUGCCACGCAUUUCCUGGCUGCCACCGGGCUGGGGGCAAGGGAUACGAAUGGGGCCGCAAGGCCGAAAAUACAAAGUCUACAUAGCACCGAAAGGUCACAGACGUUUAGAGGUCAAGAACAAGGAAAGCAUGGAAGUCAACGUGGGACGCAGAUUGAAACCCUUGGAUCAGCACGGCAAAAACCUGCGGGUGGGCAAUGCGCUCAUUGAACAUUGGCCAAAUGAACUGCCACGGACAUGGCAAAUCGGCUACCACAAACUCCAAGGCGAAGUUCGGUCUUGCUUCAUCAGCUCCAAGGGUACAAUAUACAAAGACAUGCUGGCAGUUUGCAGACAUUUGAACAUGGAGGCCUGGACGGAGCGACGGAUUGAGAAAGUCAACCAGCAAGAAGAAGAGAGGCUCAGCAAGUGCAAGCGCUUGCGAAGAAUGGACGCCACAAAGGUUGAGCCGCUGGAAGAUGAGGCAGUGGAAGAUGCUGCCGGUGGACCAGUUUCCUGUGUGCAAGAUGAUCGCAUGGCCGAAGAAAGUGCCAAAGAGGCAGCACGCCCCAAGAAGCGCCUGCGAACGGCUGAGGGCCGGGUGCAGGAACGCAAACCUCGGCCAAUGCGCCAGUUAGAAAGCAAAAGUGGCUUGGAUUUGUCCAAGCUUCAUGUAGCAGAUGGUGAAUGGCUUAGGAAUCAUCCUUUGUAUUUUAAGAUGCAUCAGCGAAAUUAUCCCAUACCAAUUGGUGAUCAAGACAUUUUGGCUUUGAAAGCCUUUACUCCCAAAGAGAUGGGAGGCGAUGCUUGCCUAGAAUUCCACUGCCAGACUCCGGAAGAUUGGUUUAGCUCUUCCAAUUACUACGCUCUCUUGCAGCCUGUGAUUGAGAUGCAAAGGACAACUCAACAAGUGAUGGAGUUUCUGCACGUGUUGGUCAUGGUUCAUGGAGAAAGGUGCUUGUAUCCUGACCUGCGAAAUAAUUUGGGUUAUGCUGUGACCUGGGCAGCGAAACUCUCAGAGGAGGUCCAUAAGAUACAGCUCUCGGCAGUUUAUCACUCGCGGAUGUCGCUCUUUGAGACCUCUACUGAUGUGCUGCGCCAUUUGCUUCCGACGAUAGAUGUCCUGACUGCUGCUGCGCAGUUUGCAGAUGCCUUUGCCGAGGUGAGACUGACGCUGGACAAGCUCGCAUCGACACACCCAGGAUCUCUGGAACUCGUGUUGCCAGAGGCGUCUCCUUCGCCCUACCAGGAUGGGGGAGGUGCCUUCAUGGACAUGACCUUCAUUGUUCGAAACCUGACGAAUGGUUGGCACUUGGACCAUGCCUUGUUGGCUUCUCUGGUGCGCCUGUGGCCACCUCCAGCAAGCCAUGGCGAUGGUUGUCACACCAGCGUUGCGGAUUUCGGCGCUGGGGGUGGGCACUAUUGUAAGUUCUUCAACAAGACGGGCGAGCUGGAUGCUGAGUUUGGGAAGUGA